CAAUGUAAUAACUUUGUUUUCAGUUAAAAGGUAUUCGUCAGAAAGAAACGUUGUUAAUGAGAAAAACACUUGAAAAAUUGGGAGUUAUAAAGUUAUUAAUUACAGUAAAUGUUUCAAAAUAUACAUAAUAUGUUGAGAAUUUUAAAAAGUUUUUUAAAAAUCUUCAAUUUAAUUGUUACAAUAUGUCUCAUAGUAACACCCUCGUCAGCGGGUCCACCUUCACCAAGAAUUAUUAACGGGACAGAAGCUACUGCGGAACAUGCAAAAUUUCAAGUUUCCAUAAGACUGAAACGUUACGAUAAUACAUUUGGCAAUGGACACAUAUGUGGAGGUGCUCUUGUGGGACCCAAUAAAGUCUUAACAGCCGCCCACUGCCUUUACGAUGCUGAUAAAAAACGUUACCGUAAAGCGAGAGAAUUUGUUGUUGUUAUGGGUACCUUGAAUCGUUAUCAACGUGUUAAUGGCACUAUUGUCUCGCAUGUCAAGUCUAUUGCAUAUAUGAAUACAUUCAGUAUGGAUACCAUGCGCGAUGACAUUGGUUUAAUGUUUUUAAAAACAGGCUUACCGGAAAAUAAAACCCAUCUAACAAUCGCUCCAAUAGCCUUGGCAAAUACAUCCACACCAGCGGGAGUAUCGUGUCAAGUAUCAGGAUGGGGUAAAACGGAACGGGGCUCUUUGUCGCCGACAUUACGUGUUGCAAACGUAUCAACGAUAUCAAAAAGUGUUUGUGCAAUUUCAUAUAGUAGUGGUUUAUAUGAUGGCAUGAUAUGUGCAGGUUACAUUUUAGGCGGUACCGACUCGUGUCAAGGGGACUCGGGCGGGCCAUUAGUAUUCAAUAACACCUUAAUUGGUAUUGUAUCAUGGGGAUCAGGAUGUGCACAGCCAGGAUAUCCAGGAGUUUAUGCUGACGUCCGCUAUUACAAUAAAUGGAUUACGGAACGCAAUUUGGCUAUAAUUAAAAUGCCCGUAUACUCAAUUUUAGUAUUGACAACGUUUAUAUCGUAUAUAGUAAAUUCUUUUAGAUAAUACAUAAAUUUAUUUAUAUUAUAAUUAUUAUUGUAGUAGCUUUUUAUAACUACAUAUAUAUGUCCUAAAGGGUUCAGUUGUAAUAAAUGAAGACAUAAAAAAAUA